UAUCUAGUCUUAUCGAUCAAUUUGUUUACCAUUCUUGCAAUGUUUACAACGUAGGCAUUUGCUUAAUAAUAGUACAGUAGAGCUGAUUGGGUGCGAAAAAGUAUGUGAGCCGCGCCCCGCCAUCAACCGACCACCGCCUCCCCGCCAUGUUGCCCACGUACGAGCGCCUGAACGACCCCAAAAACGUUUUCUUCCGACUGCCCUUUGCUAAAUUGGCUCUCGCGGCCCUGAGCCUGCCCCUUGGUGGAUUCUUCUUCUGCGUGGUAUGGUCGCUGCUGUUCGACUUUGUGCGCUCCACCUACACGCACUGUGACGUGGUCAACUACCUGCCGUCGGUGUCGGCUGCCAUAGGAAACUAUGAGCCACAGAAGACGAUAUGGAGGUUGGCCAUCUUCCUGCACCUGCCCCUCCGGCUGGCGGUGGCCAAAAUGUAUCUGGAGUACUACAAGGAGAAUAUCAGGCGAAGCCGACGGCUGCUCGGCAUUCUGGCCUGCUUCCUCAACGUAGUGGAGGAUCUUGCCCUGUUCUGCCUGUCCUUCUGGACAUCCGCAGACAGCUAUGAAACGCACCGCAACGCGUUUGUGGUGUUCAUUGCGUGCAGCGAGUGCUACAUGCUGAUCUCGUACCUCCUCAACAGGAAUGCGCGCAAGGUGGUGCUGCUGCCGCACGAGGAGAAAUCCCUGCGCUACAAGCGCAAUCUCUUCCUGGUCAAUGUGCUGGCCUUUGGGCUCGCCGGCUACUGCUUUGUCCGGCACAAUGCACGCUGCGAAGCGGGUGUCUACACCUUCUUCGCACUCUUUGAGUACAUUGUUGUACUCACCAACAUGGGAUUCCAUAUGACCUCCUACUGGGACUUCUAUGCGCUCAACGUUGUCUGCGACGCCAGGCACGGCCUCUACCUAACCCAGUUCUAGAUAGCGAUAGCAAUAGCAUUCACAUUCACGUCCUAACAGCCACUCUCGAGUAUUCUGUACAUACGCGGUAUUAGCUUAAGCUCAAAGUUUACUUAAUUUUACCAAAGGAAUUUAAUUUCGGACCUCCGAUUACCCCAGGCAGGAGCUGGAUCA